UGCGUUUUGCGCAAGUCUUUGGUCGAAUCGAUAUAUCACGUGAAGAUCUCUCAUGUGAUCCUUCCCGUUUUCGAUAGACUGAGGGGUUUGUACAUUAUACGUUCUCCGGCUUCCAGACUACAAGUUCCGUGAAAUCUCAUAAUCGGAUAAUCAAGAAAGAAGGAAAAUGGGAGCGACUGCCAUACCUAUAUUGGCUUUUACGAUCAUAUGGGGUAUUGUAGGGAUAGGUUUACCAUUCUUCGUCCCUAAAGGACCAAACCGCGGAAUACUUCAAGUGAUACUGGUAAUGACAGCUUUCACAUGUUGGUUAUUUUGGCUGUGUUGUUAUAUGGCACAAAUGAAUCCAUUAAUUGGGCCAAAACUAGAUAGUGCAACGAUAAAAAUGCUGGCACGAGAAUGGGGUAAUCUUAUCAUGGAAGGUUAGAUAACGCAUAUAGAAACUUUUAAUCUUAAAUAUAUGCAUUUAUUCUUUAUCUUUCUCUGUCCUCUCUGACGUAUAUGUGCAAAUAAUGUUUUUGAUAAAGCUGUAUAAUUACAGAAAAAAAACAUCAAAUGAAAUGUUAGUACAUUGGUCAUUAGUAUAUUGAAAGCAUAUAUUAUUUGAAAUAUGAUUAAUUAUGACUAUUUAAAACCUAAUUUAUCUGCGAAACAUCCAUUACUUAGAGAUGCCUGAAGAUUAAUGUAAUUAAUGUAAUUUUUAUUUUGAUUGUAUUAUAUAGUUAUAUGUUCAUUAUACAUACAGCGAUAUUCAUUGUUGUAUAAAAUCACGUAUGACAUGAUAAUGAUAAUAUAAUAUAUUGUUAUUUCUUAUAUAAUUCAGUAUAAUAGAAAGUUCAGAAGAUUUUAAACAAUAUUAUUAUUAUUAUCCAUACCUGUGUAUAUAAUUGUAACAAAUUGUUAAAAUAAAAACUUAGCAAUUGAAAA